AUGAGAGAUAUUGUGGUAUUUGGAUCAAUUAACUAUGAUCUGGUGACAACCUCGAAAAGAGUUCCUGCUAGCGGGGAGACAAUUGCUGCUUCUGGAUUCAAAACUUUUCAUGGCGGAAAAGGCGCCAAUCAAGCCAGAGCUUUGAGACGACUGUCAGAUAAAAAUGAAAUCACUGUACGCAUGAUUGGUAGAGUUGGAAAUGAUGUUUUUGGCGAAGAAUUGCUUUCUGGAUUAGAAAAAGAGGGAAUUGACGUUUCUCGUGUCGAGAAGAUCAAGAAUGAGCCUACCGGUACUGCUACUAUCAUUGUUGACGAAGCAUUAGGAGAGAAUCGAAUUCUUGUAUAUCCAGGUGCUAAUGGAACAUUCAAAGUCACCGAGGAAACUGUUUGGGAUGAGAUCAGAAAAGCCAAUUUCCUAGUUUUGCAGAACGAAAUCCCUGUUGACGUAGUGUUUAAAGCUAUCCAGGUAGCCCAUGAUGCUCACAUCACUGUUAUAUAUAAUCCAUCUCCUAUGACAGAAAUACCUCAUGAAAUUCUGUCAAAAGUGGAUCUUCUCGUUCUGAACUCUACAGAGGCCAAUGCCAUUCUACCUGACUCUGUGGCUACCAUAGACGACGAUGUUGACAGGGCACUAAUUGCCAUGAAGAAACUCCAACAAAAACUCGAAUCCACCAGCAUUAUCAUCACGCUUGGAGCCAAUGGCUCAAUCUUCUCCUCUCCCGGAGCUUCUCCCCAGACCUUUUCUGCAGCUAAAGCCGACAAAAUUGUCGACACCACCGGUGCCGGCGACACAUUCCUCGGUGCAUUCGUAUCCAAAUGGUCCAAAGACCCUCGCGACCACAAUAUUAUCCCCGAGGCCAUAUCAUUCGCCUCUGCUGCUUCUGCUCUUGCCGUAGCCCGUCCAGGGGCCGCAGAUGGCAUCCCAUAUCUUCGCGAGCUCUAA